GAAAAAUACAGAACUAUUGUUCCAAUUACAAAACCCCUAAACCCUAAUCGGUCGCCUUCUCUGAGUUUACAUCUUCAUCUCUCCUUCUCUCUCCGCCUGCGAUUCGAGAACUACCCUCCCUACAACAAUCUGAAAGCUUCUCUGCCUUUCGCUACUCAUCAUCCUUAUAGUCUCCUCCUGAAGAUUUUUGAUAAAGUUUGAUCCUUUUGCUCUGUCCGUAAUGACUUCGCUGCUCGAAGCUAUCUCCAACUCAUUAGCGAGUCAGGACCGAGUUGACUCUCACUCGGACUAUCCCUUCCCUCUCAGCCAAGACGGUAUCUUCACCAACGUCAAGCCGAAGGUGGAAAGCCCUAACCCCGGUACCCUAAUCAAUCCAAUAACCGGGUGGGAAAUCUCCGGAAGCGAUGCUGAGCUGAUCAAAUUGGGUAAGAGCUUUUCCUCUAAGCUGAAAAGCAAGCUCAAGGACACCAACAGGUUCGACAGAGGCGAGUUUGUGAGUAUGCUGAAGCAGUUUCUGGAGAAGAUUGGUGAGAAAGUUGGGGUUACUGGUGAGAACGAGGAGAUGAAAGAUUUAGUGGAGAACACUGAGCUUUUGAUGGGUAAAGAUGUAGCUGGGCUGGUUUGGGGAGAUAAAGCUUGUUCUGAUGUUCAGAAGCUGGUGGAGAAGACUGGGGUUUUGAUGGGUAGAGACGUGUCUGGUUUGGUUUUGAAGGCUUGUGUUCGUUUGGAGAUGUGGGAGUUAGUGGAGACUUUGGUUUCAAACUCAUUGGUUGAUCAUUCUUUGAACGGUUAUUUAGUUAGCAGUCUUGUCGAGAAGCAGCGGUCUGAUUUGCUCUGCGUUGUGAUCAGACAAGCUUCUGAUCUUGGGGCGAGCGAGCUGCUUUCGAUCUUGAAGUACUUUCUUUGCCCUUCUAAGGAAGCGGUUAGCACUAUGGUUAAGGUGAGAGAAGAAUGGGACAGUGAAGCUUUGUUGGCUAUUGAGAAAGUGAGCAAGACAGAGGUAUCAAAGAAGUCUAAAGUUGUUGCUGAAGAGGCUUCGAUCUUGCUGAUGGUUGCUCACGACGGGUUUUUACCUUCCGAGCUUUGCCUUCACUACUUGCUGGCUUCGUCUGAUGUUGAUGAAGUCAUGUUUUCGUCUGCAGUGAGUAAGUUGAAUGGUAAUGAGAUGAGAAGCUUCGUUCGGUAUCUAUCUAAGUGGAUGAAGAAGUACGAGAGGUUCCCUCAGGCUGGUCCUUGCCCUAAAGCCGCCUCCAUGCUCGGUUUGAAGCUGUGCGACUGGGUUCCCAAGCUCGAGGAUGUGACCAAGUGUUUGGGGGUUAUUAUCGAUGAGAACUUCUCUACUCUGGCUCUGCACUCGGAUCUGCAUGAAGAGCUGAAGGCUGUUGAAAGAGUAGCGGAUGGUUUAGCUUCGGAAUCGAAACUUUGUUGCUUUGUGGCUAAUGUUGCUGAGAGAUUGAGACUUGGAGAUGCCAGAAACUAGACGCUUGCAGUUCUCAGAGACUAGAUUGCUUUCCCUGUUUCGUUUUUUCUUUUAAUGUCUGCUGUGUCUUUUGUAUUUUCUAGUUUCAGUUAAAACUAUUUUUAUAAAAUAUAAUGUUGGUCGUUGUCCUUGAGAA